UAGCAUGAGCCCUCGCUCUCAUAAGUACUUGCACCGGUUCUCUGUCCCCCUCAACUUUUUCUCACUGUACACUAGCAAGCACUAACGACUCCCGUCAUGAUGUUCUUUACGAAGAAACCCAAACCAUCCGCGCUUCCUCCUGGAUGGCCAUCGCCAUUCCACAAUAAGUGUAGUCAACGAGACUGCUACCACUCCAACAACCCGCAAACAGUCAAGGGUGUUUACCAAUGCCGCGGCGUCCCCGGAGGGUUCUAUUGCGAGGGUACAUACAAGAUCUCAUCCGCCCGCGCGCGCGAGACAGAGCACUAUCUGCAAGAAAUGGCCAUGGCUCGUAGAUCGGCCGAGGAGGAACAGAGGAAGCGAAAGACAUCCGAGAUGAGGCGGCCUGAGCGCCGAGGAGUGAUGAACCCGGCUGAUAUGAGAAUAUCAGAUGAGCGGAACAGACUUGGCGUGGGGCAAGCUCCUCGCACGAGAGGCACGGAAAACAAGAGACCGCCAAUAUUUGCACCAUAUUCGGGUCAUCGCCCUUCUCAAUCUGUGAUAGAGUCGGAGUACCAGACUGACCAAAUAAUGAUGCAUCUCUAUCCUGAACGACAGAUUCAACCAAGAUGGAUAUAAUGAACGCACUUCACGAGUCUCAUGAGUCUUUCGCAUUAUAUCAUAUUUUAGGGUCAUCCGGGGCCAGACUCGUGCUAAUAUGUCAUUCCCAACAC